GUUCCCAUGUGUGAUGGUAGUGUCCAUGGCAAUGAUCUGACAUGCCUUGCAGAGGUUACAAUGACGGGAUUGUGUGGUGUUGUGGUCAAUGUUGUCCAGAGCUUGAGAGCGAGAAGCUGAUGAAAUAUCUGGAAGCGGACAAUGAUUGGGAAAUCUUACUUCCUGCUGCCACUUCUCCAAGGUCUUUGCGAAUGAUGGGGUUCCUCCUUUUCUUCCUCCUUCUGUCUUCAGCCUGGGGUGACCAGGAAUCUCCACGCGGGGGCGACAACCCCAGGGCUGCAGAAGGGGCAGAAGAUGCGCCGACCAGUGUCCAAAUCACACACCCACAGAUAGUUCGUGCUGGGGAUGUGGUGCAGCUCCGCUGUGUAUCUGAUGGCCAUCCGCCUGUACGUUUCUUUCGCUGGCAGAAGGAGUGUCCAUCCGACUCGAUGUCUCUCUGCCCCGGUCUCUCUCAAUGUUCGGUCUCCGCUGCAGUGGAAGAUGCUGCUUGUAACUAUAUCUGUUCUGCGAGGAACUCCGUGGGAGUAAAGGACUCCGAUCCUAUACGACUGAAUAUCCAGUACGGCCCGAGAAACGUGGAGAUUAUUUCAGUGGAUACAGUGACGGAGGGGACCGAGAUCACACUAACAUGUCGCAGCGAAGCCUAUCCCAAGGUUAAUAGGUACAGCUGGAGGAAAAUGUGCAACGGAAAGCGGACACGUCUGCAAAGAUAUUCCUCCUCAGUUCAGAUUCAAAUGACCAGGGAUGAUGCAUCUUGCAGCUACAUCUGUACAGCGCGGAAUUCUGUCAGCUUCGGGGAUUCUAAACCCAAACACAUUAAUAUACAGUAUGCCCCACGAGAUGUUACCGUCGUUCGCUUUGGGCCACAGCGAGAUGUGAAGGAUGGAGACCGGGUGACCCUGACCUGUAACUCCAGGAGUAAUCCGGAAGCUGUUUACACCUGGUUUAAGGACAAUGUGAACAGAGCAGCUCACAAGGGGACAGGGAAAGUCCUGACCAUUCGCUCCAUCAGCCCAACGCAUUCUGGAGAUUAUUACUGCAAAGCGGAAAACCAGUUUGGAAACUCCACCUCAAACAGCUUCAGGAUCGAGGUGCUCUACGGCCCAAGAAACGUGGAGGUUUUUUCAGUGGAUACAGUGACGGAGAGGACCGAGAUCACUCUAACAUGUCGCAGUGAAGCCAAUCCCAGGCCGAAGAGUUACAGCUGGAGCAAAAUGUGCAACGGACAGCGGGCAGAUCUGGAAUGGAAUACCGCUUCAGUUCGGAUUGUAACAACCAGAGAUGAUUCAUCUUGUAGCUACAUCUGUACAGCGCGGAAUUCUGUCAGCUCCGGGGAUUCUAAACCCAAACACAUUAAUAUACAGUAUGCGCCGACCAGUGUCCAAAUCACACACCCACAGAUAGUUCGUGCUGGGGAUGUGGUGCAGCUCCGCUGUGUAUCUGAUGGCCAUCCGCCUGUACGUUUCUUUCGCUGGCAGAAGGAGUGUCCAUCCGACUCGAUGUCUCUCUGCCCCGGUCUCUCUCAAUGUUCGGUCUCCGCUGCAGUGGAAGAUGCUGCUUGUAACUAUAUCUGUUCUGCGAGGAACUCCGUGGGAGUAAAGGACUCCGAUCCUGUACGACUGAAUAUCCAGUAUGUGCCAAGAGAUUUUAAGAUUUGGAAGAGUGUGAAUGGUGACAGUAAGAGAGACCUAACUGCAGUGAACGAGGGAGAUACUGUGAAUAUUAGCUGUAUCAGUCAGAAGAGUGACCCUGCAGUCUCAGGCUACAGCUGGUACAGCCACUCUCAGAACAAGCGAGUCGACGGAAACAUCCUGCUGUUUGAAAGCAUCAGCAAGCCAGAGAGUGGAGAUUAUCAGUGCGAGGCAAGAAACAACAUUGGGGCAGGGAACUCAGAGACCAUUACCAUCAGGGUCCAGUAUGCGCCGACCAGUGUCCAAAUCACACACCCGCAGAUAGUUCGUGCUGGGGAUGUGGUGCAGCUCCGCUGUGUAUCUGAUGGCCAUCCGCCUGUACGUUUCUUUCGCUGGCAGAAGGAGUGUCCAUCCGACUCGAUGUCUCUCUGCCCCGGUCUCUCUCAAUGUUCGGUCUCCGCUGCAGUGGAAGAUGCUGCUUGUAACUAUAUCUGUUCUGCGAGGAACUCCGUGGGAGUAAAGGACUCCGAUCCUGUACGACUGAAUAUCCAGUAUGUGCCAAGAGAUUUUAAGAUUUGGAAGAGUGUGAAUGGUGACAGUAAGAGAGACCUAACUGCAGUGAACGAGGGAGAUACUGUGAAUAUUAGCUGUAUCAGUCAGAAGAGUGACCCUGCAGUCUCAGGCUACAGCUGGUACAGCCACUCUCAGAACAAGCGAGUCGACGGAAACAUCCUGCUGUUUGAAAGCAUCAGCAAGCCAGAGAGUGGAGAUUAUCAGUGCGAGGCAAGAAACAACUUUGGGGCAGGGAACUCAGAGACCAUUACCAUCAGGGUCCAGUAUGCGCCGACCAGUGUCCAAAUCACACACCCACAGAUAGUUCGUGCUGGGGAUGUGGUGCAGCUCCGCUGUGUAUCUGAUGGCCAUCCGCCUGCACGUUUCUUUCGCUGGCAGAAGGAGUGUCCAUCCGACUCGAUGUCUCUCUGCCCCGGUCUCUCUCAAUGUUCGGUCUCCGCUGCAGUGGAAGAUGCUGCUUGUAACUAUAUCUGUUCUGCGAGGAACUCCGUGGGAGUAAAGGACUCCGAUCCUGUACGAAUGAAUAUCCAGUAUGUGCCAAGAGAUUUUAAGAUUUGGAAGAGUGUGAAUGGUGACAGUAAGAGAGACCUAACUGCAGUGAACGAGGGAGAUACUGUGAAUAUUAGCUGUAUCAGUCAGAAGAGUGACCCUGCAGUCUCAGGCUACAGCUGGUACAGCCACUCUCAGAACAAGCGAAUCGACGGAAACAUCCUGCUGUUUGAAAGCAUCAGCAAGCCAGAGAGUGGAGAUUAUCAGUGCGAGGCAAGAAACAACUUUGGGGCAGGGAACUCAGAGACCAUUACCAUCAGGGUCCAGUAUGCGCCGACCAGUGUCCAAAUCACACACCCACAGAUAGUUCGUGCUGGGGAUGUGGUGCAGCUCCGCUGUGUAUCUGAUGGCCAUCCGCCUGUACGUUUCUUUCGCUGGCAGAAGGAGUGUCCAUCCGACUCGAUGUCUCUCUGCCCCGGUCUCUCUCAAUGUUCGGUCUCCGCUGCAGUGGAAGAUGCUGCUUGUAACUAUAUCUGUUCUGCGAGGAACUCCGUGGGAGUAAAGGACUCCGAUCCUGUACGACUGAAUAUCCAGUAUGCCCCACGAGAUGUUACCGUUGUUCACACUGAGCCACAGCGAGAGGUGAAGGAUGGAGACCGGGUGUCCUUGAACUGUAACUCCAGGAGUAAUCCGGAAGCUGUUUACACCUGGUUUAAGGACAAUGUGAAC